GGGCCGGGCCGGCCUCGUCUCGCCGAGGGAAGGCGGGAGGGCGCGCGCCAGGGCCGCUAGUCUGCUCGCUCGCUCGCUCCCUCCCUCGGCUGGUGGGUUUAGUCAGUCAGCCAGCAGCAGCCCGCGGGCCCGCGAGCCGCAGAGGGCCCGAGCCUGGAACGCCGGCGCCUCCUCCUGCCAUUGUUCGUCUGGCUGCGGCAGCGAGGGGCGCGGGAGCCCGGCCCCGGAGCCACCGCAACAUCAUGACAACAGAGAAGAGUUUAGUGGCUGAGGCUGAAAACUCACAGCACCAACAGAAGGAAGAGGGCGAGGGGGCCAUAAACUCAGGCCAACAAGAACCUCAGCAGGAGGAAUCUUCUCAAACAGCAGCUGAAGGAGAUAAUCAGUGUGAACAGAAGCUGAAAGCUUCUAAUGGAGACACUCCUACACAUGAAGACUUGACCAAGAACAAGGAGCGGACAUCAGAAAGCAGAGGCCUUUCACGACUGUUCUCCUCGUUUCUUAAAAGGCCCAAAUCUCAGGUGUAUGAGGAAGAAGGCAAAGAAGUAGAGUCAGAUAAAGAAAAAGGUGAAGGAGGUCAGAAAGACAUAGAAUUUGGAACCAGUCUUGAUGAAGAGAUCAUUUUAAAAGCCCCAAUUGCAGCUCCUGAACCUGAACUCAAAACAGAUCCAUCUUUGGAUCUUCAUUCAUUAAGCAGUGCUGAAACACAGCCUGCUCAGGAAGAACUCAGAGAAGAUCCAGAUUUUGAAACUAAGGAAGGAGAAGGACUUGAAGAGUGCUCCAAAAUAGAAGUGAAAGAAGAAAGCCCUGAAUCAAAAGCAGAAAGAGAAUUUAAAGCUUCCCAGAAAUCAGUCAGAAAACACAGGAACAUGCACUGCAAGGUUUCUUUGUUGGAUGACACAGUUUAUGAAUGUGUUGUGGAGAAACACGCUAAGGGACAAGAUUUGCUUAAACGAGUAUGUGAGCAUCUCAAUCUUUUGGAAGAAGACUAUUUUGGUCUAGCCAUUUGGGAUAACACAACCUCUAAGACAUGGCUGGAUUCCGCCAAAGAAAUAAAAAAGCAGGUUCGUGGUAUCCCUUGGAAUUUUACAUUUAAUGUGAAGUUUUAUCCACCUGACCCAGCACAGUUAACAGAAGACAUAACAAGAUAUUAUUUAUGUCUUCAGCUUCGGCAGGACAUAGUUGCAGGACGUCUGCCCUGUUCCUUUGCAACCUUAGCAUUGUUAGGUUCUUACACCAUCCAGUCUGAACUGGGAGACUACGACCCAGAACUCCAUGGCGUGGAUUAUGUUAGUGAUUUUAAACUGGCCCCGAAUCAGACCAAGGAACUUGAAGAGAAGGUCAUGGAACUGCAUAAGUCAUACAGGUCCAUGACUCCAGCUCAGGCUGACUUGGAAUUUCUUGAGAAUGCCAAAAAGUUGUCUAUGUAUGGGGUUGAUCUUCAUAAAGCAAAGGACUUGGAGGGAGUAGACAUCAUCCUAGGUGUCUGCUCUAGUGGCCUUCUGGUUUACAAAGAUAAGCUGAGAAUUAACCGCUUCCCUUGGCCCAAAGUGCUAAAGAUUUCUUAUAAACGUAGCAGCUUUUUCAUCAAGAUUCGGCCUGGAGAGCAAGAACAGUAUGAAAGUACCAUCGGAUUCAAACUUCCCAGUUACCGAGCAGCUAAGAAAUUAUGGAAAGUCUGUGUAGAACAUCACACGUUUUUCAGAUUGACAUCUACAGACACCAUUCCCAAAAGCAAAUUUCUUGCACUGGGAUCCAAAUUUCGAUAUAGUGGCCGGACUCAAGCUCAGACCAGGCAAGCUAGUGCUCUAAUUGACAGGCCUGCCCCACACUUUGAGCGUACAGCAAGUAAACGGGCAUCCCGGAGCCUUGAUGGAGCAGCAGCUGUCGAUUCGGCAGAUCGAAGUCCUCGGCCCACUUCUGCACCCGCCAUUGCUGAGAGUCAGGUCGCAGAAGGCGGCAUCCCAGGUGCCUCUGCUAAAAAAACAGGGGUACCUAAAGCACAGAAGGAAAUAGUGAAAGCUGAAGUGAAAAAGGAAGAAGAGCCACCUGAGCAAGCUGAGCCAGAGCCCACAGAAGCAUGGAAGGUGGAAAAAUCCCACAUCGAGGUGACAGUACCCACCUCAAAUGGUGACCAAACACAGAAAAAAAGAGAAAGACUAGAUGGUGAAAACAUUUAUAUCAGACAUAGCAAUUUAAUGUUGGAGGAUUUAGACAAGAGUCAAGAGGAGAUCAAAAAACAUCAUGCCAGCAUCAGUGAGCUAAAAAAGAACUUCAUGGAGUCUGUACCAGAACCACGGCCUAGUGAAUGGGAUAAACGCUUAUCCACUCACUCCCCCUUCCGAACUCUUAACAUCAAUGGACAAAUCCCCACAGGAGAAGGAAGUAUAAAUGGCAUUCGCACAGAGGAGGUGACUGUCGUGACAAAGGGGCCAUCUACUAACCCUGACUCUGAAUGGGAGGGUCCCAAGCAUUCAGUAGUUCCUAGUAAAAGCCAGAUGACCACCCCGUCGGAGUCUCUGCAAAGCUUUGCCUCUGGCUCCCUCUCCAUAAGCAGCAAGGAGGCAGAAGAGAAGGAGGAGGGGGCAGCUGGCUAUCUUGAUAUUAAGGAGAUGCCAAAAGGCCCAACUGGGGAAUCUAUAGGAGUGGAGGAACAGGCCAGUGCCUUAAAGUUCUCAGGAACACCAGCUUCCUGUCAGCUACAACCUGGUGAAAAAAAGGCAGAGAGUAGUGGAGAACAUGUCACACCAGGAGAGCCACUUGGAAAACAAAAUGGAUCAUUUCUUGACUUUCAUGUGGGUAACCAGUUCCAGUUCCCCACCCUCAUUCGAAGUUUCCAGCCUCCCCUGGUGAAGACUCAAACUGUCACAAUCUCAGAUAAUGCCAAUGCUGUGAAAAGUGAAAUCCCAACCAAAGAUGUCCCUAUUGUCCACACUGAGACCAAGACCAUCACUUAUGAGGCUGCCCAGACUGACGACAACAAUGGAGACUUGGAUCCAGGAGUCUUGCUGACAGCUCAGACUAUCACAUCAGAGACCACAAGCAGCACCACCACAACUCAGAUUACCAAGACUGUAAAAGGUGGGAUAUCAGAGACGCGUAUCGAAAAGAGAAUUGUGAUCACAGGAGAUGCUGAUAUUGACCAUGAUCAGGUCCUCGUACAAGCCAUCAAGGAGGCAAAGGAGCAGCACCCAGACAUGUCAGUGACCAAGGUGGUCGUCCACCAGGAGACCGAGAUUGCUGAGGAGUGAGCUCAGGAACUAAGCUACCCCAACUCUCUGCCCUUCUCCCAUCCAAGAGAAACCAGCAAAGUGAUAAAGAAGCUAACCUGCCAUAGUCAGACUUCAGACUUUCAAGAUGAUUCUAAAUCACCAGAAAAUUAAUUUCAUUUUCUAUUGGGAGUUUAUACCAGGAGAUUCUUCUGGAUCUCACUGAUCCUUUUGAAGAUCUUUUUCUAUAUUAGGAUAUCAGAAUUAUUCAACUUUUCACUCUACAGACUGUUUUAAGAGUUUCUGGGUUUUUUUUAAUUGGGUGGUUUGUAAUGCCUGCAACCUAGCCUCUGCUCAUUUAUUUACAACCCCAACGCUGACAGAGUCCAUGGAAUUCUGUGGGAAAUCCUCCAAGGACUCUGUCAGCUGUGUUGAGGCCAAAGCUGGCUUAGUGGGACUUCCACGUUCCUCCCUAGUCUUACGCCCUUUGGAUGAUGGCAGAAACUUCAUGAACCAGCCCUCUCUCAGAGCCAGUGAUGUGACUGUAUCAGAAAACCAGGCAGGGCACCAGCCCUGAUCCACAGACCUGGGAACAAUGCCCCUGUUCCCUUUGCUGAGGGUUGUUUUGGUAAGGCAGAGCCCUCCACUGAGAAUGUAGUAUUGCUUUUCCUCUGUCUCUCCUGCUCUGCUCUUUUUGGAGCUUCUUUGGGUCAGAGACAUAAGAAGAUUCAGAUAUCUGAUACUGUGAAUGUUUGAACAUAUGCGUGGCCUUCACCUCUCCAGCUACCCUUUUACCUCAUCAGAAGCAGUGGCUCAGCUAAGUGCUCCCCUCAGCUCCCAUCUCAGGAGACCAAAUCUCACGGAAAAAUAAGGCAUUUUUGGCCAAAAGCUCUAUUGGAACAUUUUUAGUGGUGAUUUGGGGAAGGAAAAUUAAUGAGGUUUUUAAAAUAAGGUUUUCUAGUUUUCAGACUGUACACUUCACACAGGAGAAUGAGGUUACCUCUGUCAGGUCCUGGGCCUUUCAUCCCAAGUGAUAAGGAAUGUGGAUCAGAGAAGAGGUUGUGGGGUUUUUUUUUUUUUUUUCCACCUUUCUUCUCCCAGCAGGCACCUGCCUGAGGACACCCUUCUAGAGCAAAGAACUGGCUUUUAGAAGCCGUCUUCCCCACAAGCCACCACAUGACAAGGGAUACAAACCCCAGACCUGUUCACUCCCACUCACCAUCUGAGGUCUGUCAGGGUUUGAAGGCUUGAUUUUGUGGUGGGUUUGGGGCUUAGAUUUUUUUUUUUUUUUUUUUUUUUUUUGGUUUUGGUUUUUGAAAAUAAAGAUAAUGCCCUGAUUCCUGUAAGGAUUUGGGGGCAUUUUUAUUCAACAGAGCUUCUCUAACCUUCCAACUGCUUCCCACAAACACAUUGGCCUGGAGGCUCUUUAGAAUCCCAGUGCCAGGCUAGAAGUGAACUUCCUAAGAUAAACAGUGGGUAAUGGGCAGCAGUCACUGGGCUCAAGAAGAAUGAGUGAGAAAAAUGUCUAAAGCUGCUUCUCCCAACACCAUCCAGAGUCUCCACUGCCAGAGUUUUGUUUCGGUUGGUUUGAACUCAUUUUGGGUGUGUGCAUUUUUCUUGUGGUACCUGUGUGAGGAAUGACCAACAGGAGGGAGGGCAAGAGUCCAGGUGGGCCAUGGGACAGGCUUGGAGGGAAAGAGCUUGUCCUACCUCAGGAACAAACUUACAGGCUGUGUCUGAAAGGUGGGGCCUUGGGGUGGUGCCUAAGCCUGGCGAUGUUGCCAAGAGUGGUAGCAAGUGAGAAAUGGCAGCUUACAUCAAACAUGUAGUGUGUGCCCACUGCCUGAUGGAUAGGUGUCCUGCAGAAAAAGCUCCCAGGGCUCCCAGACCUAUGGAACAAAUAGGAGGGUGAAAAGGCAGAGGGCAUUGAGUAUCCCUUUAAAAACUUAACCCACUGAAUAUUCCAUGUGAUCCAGAUCAGUGUGGCAGUGUCCCAAAUGUUUCCUUCAGCUGUGUCACCAGUUCCCUUCUCCCAGCUUCCUUGUCUGUAAAUUGGACCAGAAGAGCUCUGAUGCCUUUCAAGCUUCUCAAGCCAUAGAUUUGGACAAGCCCAGCAAGAUGGGUGUCCUUCCAGGCCUCUUCCUCUUUCCUCCAUCUCUGGCAACAGAUCUUGGGGUUUGGCAAUUGUUUGGAUAUUUUUUCUUUCUGCAAUUGUGUGUAUGUGUGUUUGUGUGAAGAAAAACAGACUCUGUCCAGGUAGAAAUGGUGAAGAGGGGAAAGAGAAUUCCAUUUCCAGGGUCAGAAACUUGGCAACAGUUUUUCCUAAAGUGACUCAGACACACCACAGUUACAAUGCUCACUGCAGUUUUAUUUUCACUUGAGAAAUAAAGAUUUCCUCCAACUACAUGAGAAUUCUGGCACCCACCCACAAAGCAAGACCUGUAUUUAUAAGCUGAGGGCUCAGGGAGUCUAACUGCAGGAACUGUCAGGGCACUUCGACCCAUCCCCCUCCCCUAGACCCGUCACUGGUCACUGGGCGUUGGGGGAAUGUUUGGCAGCUGGGGGUGAGGAGACAACAGACCUCUGGAAGUAGAGCCAGAGCUAUGGCCUGACUGAAGCCCCUUGAUGUGCAUGGGAAAUUUCUGCCCAGGAUCUCAGCCCCAGGCUGGUUGUUUUUACAAAUCUCUCUCAAAUGUAUUAUUUUGGUGACAAAAAUGAAGGAGCUUUGUAAAUUUUUUUAAAAUUAUGAAUCAUAUCAAGUAGUUGUUUACAUUUCUUGAAAAAAAUAGGAACUCUGGCAGCAGAAUCAGAUUGGCAGAAUCCUUAGACUAAACAUGCAAUAAUCAAGUCUGCUGUUUCGGCCUUUUGUAGAAGUGGUUGUAGUGUUUAGAUAUGUUUGGUCUUGCUUCUUGUAUUGCAUUUUUUUUUUCAAUAAACAACAACAAAAAGAA